AUGUGGGCACUACCGAAUUUGCAUGGUACAUGUCAUUCCCAACCUUGUUCCCACUCACAGGCUGCUACUUGUGGCGGUGAAGAUGGAAAGCUCGUCUGGUCCUCAGAGGCUCAAAGCGGGAGUGAAGAAGGGUGGUUGAGAUACGUCAUGAGCGCCUGGACAGGCGCAAUGGGAUCUGUGGCGGGUAUGACUACUACGACUCAGCGAGUGGCUCUCACUGUGUAUACUUGCGGCAAGUUCUCGACACUGGGUUUGCCAAGACUUGAUUCAGUCAACGUGGACGGUCACACAGUCUCGCAGAUGAGUUGUGUCCAAAGCUCAGAAUUGCAGAUCCCAUGCCGGAGUGGGGGAGCUGCACAAUUCUAUGAUGGAUGGGAUAAAAUCUUGGCCCGACCUGGGAAGCUCUCUUCGUCAGACAAACCCUCUACAUUGAGUAUCGAUGAACUACCCGCGAGCAUGUGA